AUGGCAUCCAAAGCACAGCCCACAAAGAAGAUAUCAUCAAGUCGAGAUCCCUCCAAAGAAUCAAAGGAUAAGGAUACUGCGGCUAAGACCACAAAGUUGUUGUCUGGACUGUCGACGUCCUCGUCCAAACCCAAGCCUGCACUUGCCUCUAAUAAGGUGAAAGCAAGCAAGGGGAAGGAGGGCGCUCAAUCAAAACCCGGCGGGAGUAGCCAACCCAACAAGCCCCACAAGGAGGAGGACGCGACAACGGCCUACAUUUCAAACUUCGUCGCUCCUGAUGAUCCAUGGAAGCAUCAUCGCUCUCCUUAUGGAGGCUCUCUGACCCUCGCCGAGAAUUGGGAGAGGCUGAAGCUGGUCCGAUCGGAGCAGAGCUUUGUUGCCUUUUCGUCCUCAGAUCUGAUCAAGGAGCUUCACGAGGGCACUGGCGCUGCCCCGUGCAAGUCGAUCCACUAUGCUGAUGUCAUAGACAGGGCGAUAGCUGCUCGUGAUCAAUCCCUCCCCCUUGAGCGCGUAUCCCUCCGCGGACUGGACAUGGAGGACUUUCAAUUCGGCCAGCAGCUUGCAUCGAGGGUGGUUGAUCUUGACAUGAGCUCUAAUCUCUUCACAAGCCUUCACCGUCUUGCGCUCAGCUGGAUUCGAGGACUCGAUCUCUCCGGCUGCCGGCUGCAUGCUCUCCCUCUCCUGUCAGACCAGACGAUGCCGAAGCUUGUUUGUCUCAACGUGUCCUUCAAUGAAAUCAGAGCUCUGCCAUCCGCCGAGGACAUGCGAGCCUUGUCGUCUCUGAGAUCUUUAAAGAUGCAGAAUUGCAUGCUCAACUCUCUUGUGUCAGGACAAGAGUUUCAGCUGGAGCCGCUCGUUAACCUGCAGAUUUUGGACGUCAGUUUCAACCUCCUCUCGCUCCCUUCUGAGCUGCUGGCCUUGACGAAGCUGCAGAGGCUUGCAGAGCUUGGCAUCGCUGGCAACGAGUGGUGUGUGCACGCAGAGUAUGAGGAGACCUGCUCGGCGAUGAGGAAGAGGAUGGCAACUCUCAAGAAGAUUGAUGCAACUGACGUCUCCAAGGCUUUCGUGGGCUACGGAAAAGCGGAAGAAGGGGAGAGGACGACAGCAGCUGAUGCACCUCACGCCGGAGUACUGGUAGCUGGCUCCGGCCCGGCACCGCCGAACGCGCCCGGCACCCAUGCCGGCGCGCACUGGACGGUCCCGGGGCCGGGCCCCGGAUCGAUGUGGAAGCUGAUAGAAGAGCCGCACAACGGACCGAAUAAGACUUAUUUUUUGAUUGCAGCGGCUGGAUCAGUCUUCCUGGAGAUCGGUCAAUCUCAAGGAAUCAUGCGGUCAUUUCAGUUCACGAGCUCAUUCCAGACAACGACUUGGAAACUGUAUGUUCUGAUCUUGCUGUACUGGAUGAAGAAUGAACAAUUCAUCUCUAUCCGUGACAUCUCAAAGUUCGGAGUGAGUUUAGACUCGGAUGUUGCAUUACUUUUGGUGUAA